UUUCUAGGAAUAUGAAAAAAUCCCUCUCACUAAAUCAUUAGUCUACCCAUUUUUUUUUUAUAAAAAUCAGACUUGACUCACCAGGAAAAAAAAUUACCAUGUGAUUUUAAAAAAAUAAGUCUACUGAUUUUUUUAGAUGAUUUUUUUUUAAAAUUCUGUCAGCGAAAAGGUAUAUUUGCACCAUGCAACAGCAGGAAUAUAUGCACCACUUUUUUAACAAAAGGUAUAUCUGCUCUAAAACGCAAAAUUAAUGGUAUAUUUGCACCUUUUCCAUUUAAGAAAUACAAAAAAUUGACCGAAGACAAGUAUCAAUGUCAAUACUUUUAAGAAAUACUAAGGAAAGAUUUGGUUUUGUUAGAAAGAGAAGAAAGAAGAAUUUCAAAGUUACAAGGAGGAACAGUAAGAGCCCGUUUGAAUUAACUGAAAAAAAGUGACUUUUAAGCAUAAGUGCUUAAAGUACUUUUAAGUGCUGAAAGUUAUUUUAUAAAUAAGCAGUUAUGUGUUUGGAUAAAAGUACUUAAAGGGUUUUAGAAGUAAGGCUAGUAUUGGAAUUAACAGAAAAUAUAAGGGAUAAAACGGUAAAGUUGUUGGUCAAACCAAAAUGGCUUUUAAGCCAAAAAAAAUAAGUUGGGGUUGAGCAAAUUCUUAGUUUUGACUUAUUUUAAGCACUUUUCAACUUAAUUUAAGCUAUUUUCUAUUUUUGCCAAAUACUUAAAUAAGUUAAAAAUGACUUAUAAGCUGGUUUAACCAACUUAUAAACCAAUCCAAGCGGGCUCUAAAUCCAAAAAACAAUGACUUUUUAUGUCUGGUUAUACCUGCAAACAUGUUUUGUGCUGUGACUUUUAUGCUUCCUUCUUCAUUAUUAUCUGUAUGUAUGGGCUAAUAAUGAAAAUAGUUUCAAACAAAAUGAAACAGAGGAAAUAAUAUAAAGUGAGCAGAGUAUUGUUCCCAUGAGAAAUCUUGAUUAACUUUCUUUUCAUUUUCCUUUUAGACUUUUGGCAGCAUGCACUAAGUUACAGAUCCUUCAAUUUAUCUAUAUUGAUAAUAUAAUUUUUUUUAUGAAAUUAGUAUAUUUUAAUCUGUUAUAGCACGUGAUAUGUUUUUUCGCACUAAUAUUAUUUCGUUUACCAAAUUAGACUCACUACGUAUUGUUAAAUACUCCUCCCGUUUCAAUUUGUUUGGCUUAGUUUGAAAGAAAAUAAAUAAGGCUUUUGAAUUUAGUGAUCUUAAACUAAAGAUGUGUGUAAUGCAUCAAAAUAUCUUUUAAAUCUUGUGGUCUUAAAUAUACCAAUAUAGGAUGUUGGGGGUAGAGAGUUACUACUAAAUAUAGAAAGUGACAUGCUAUUUUAAUAAGACUAAAAAGAAAAAUAAGACAACAAAUUGAAAUGGGGUGAGUAAUAAUAUAUUGUCAUUACACAGAAUUUGAAACUCAUAUUGGAGUACUUCUAUUCCUUUUUUAAUUACUACUUGGCAUAUAUUUAAAAGAAGUCCUUUUGGUCUUUUUAUAAACACUAAACCAGACAAUGAUUUGGUACUCUGUUUUAAUUCCAGAAUUUUGAGCUUCCUGUUGGAUCAAUAACAAAGCAAGCAAAGGGUAUUCUCAGAAUUUUCAUCAAGUAAAAGGCAUACUCUAUUUUAAUUCCAGAAUUUUGAGCUUCCUGUUGGAUCAAUAACAAAGCAAGCAAAGGGUAUUCUCAGAAUUUUCAUCAACCAAAAGGCAGGUCCUGAGCAUUUGAAAGGAAGAGAAGAAGGAAAAAUUACUUCAGCAUUGAAAAAUUAGAGUCAUGGAAAGAGGACAAGAAAAUAAAGGAGCAAGAGAAAAAGUGGAAGCGAACAACUUAGAGGUGUCAUUUUCUGAUCUUCACAAGGACAUUGUCAGUGUUCUGGAUUUCAUGGAGAGGUUAAAGCCUGAGGAAAAUCAAAAAGGUCUUGACGUGGAUCGAGUUGAAAAGCUAAAAUUGGAGCUGGCAUUUAUUUGUACAUAUCUCCAGCUUUCUUAUUCUGAUUUGGAACAGUUUAAAGAUAUUAUGACUGCCAAAAGACAAGAGGUUGAGAAUCUUCUUCAAUCAAUUUUGGAUGAUGUUGGCAACAACGUUGGGCGUAAAUACAACAUGCAUCAUGUUAUUUCUAGCCUCACCAACAAUAUGGAUGACUGUAUCAGCUCAUUUCAUUGUUCUAAAUCAAGUGCCGCCAUGACCGAGGAUCAGUUGAACUUCCUCCUCUUGAAUCUCCAUCAUCUAUUGAAGUAUCGUGCUGAACAUAUUUAUCCAUUAGUGACUGAAUAUGAGAUUCUUCAGAAUGUAUGUCGCAACAUAAGGGAUUUUCAUGGGUUGAUAGUGACUAGUUGUGUUGAGCACGAGAUUGUUGAAUAUGUCUUGCCUCAGAUACAACAUAUGGCUGAGAGAACAGGUCACUUCCUUUGGAAUGAUCAAAUUGAUGGAAAUUCUCAUCUCUUCAAGCUAGCUCAUCUAUUUUUGAAGAUUAUUCCAAUUGAAUUGGAGGUGAUGCACAUAUGUCUUACAAAUUUGAAAGCUUCAACGUCAACGGAAGUUGAACAUUUCGUUGAGCAGCUCCUGGAAACCUCUCCGCACAUUCUUAGGGAAUAUCUAAUUCAUCUACAAGAGCACAUGUUAACUGCUUUUACACCUAGCACUUUAGGGGCUCGAAACAUUCAUAUCAUGAUUAAGUUCCUAUUAAUUAUUCUUACUGAUGUGCCUAAGGACUUUAUUCAUCAUGAAAAAUUAUUUGAUCUUUUGAAACGUGUUGGAGCACUUACCAAGAUGGUUUCAACUGUUGUUCGCGACUUAGAAGAGAAAUCAAGGAAUAAAGACAGUACCGAUGAGACAAACCGUGUAACUCUAGACUUGCUAAAAGAUAUUGAACCCCUGAAGGGAGAUCUCAGGCAUGUUUACUUGAAAGACCCAGACUCAUCUCAACGUUGCUUCCCCAUGAGUGAUGGACCGCUCUUUAUUCAUCUGCUACUCAUACAUUUAAAUGAUUUGCUAGAUUCCAAUGCUUAUUCAGUUGCUUUGAUAAAGGAAGAAAUUGGACUUGUGAAAGAACACCUAAAAUUCCUAAGAUCUUUCUUUGUGAAUGCUGAGCAAGAUUUAUAUAAAGAUCUCUGGGAACGUGUUCUAGAUGUGGCAUAUGAGGCCAAAGAUGUCAUUGAUUCAAUUAUUGCCAGAGAUAAUGGUCUCUUACAUCUUAUUUUCUCACUUCCCAUUGUCAUGGAGAAGAAUAAGCUUAUCAAAGAAGAGGUCUCUAAUUUACAUGAGAACACUCCCAAGUCUAGGAGCCUUAUUGCUGCAAACUCUACCAACAAGCCAGUUGAAAGCAAGUCAUUGGCAGCUGGUAAAAUAAUUGUAGGUUUUGAGGAGGAGACAAACUGGAUACUUAGGAAGCUUACAAGGGGACCGACAGAUCUAGAUGUCAUUUCAAUCACUGGUAUGCCGGGUUCGGGUAAAACUACUUUGGCAUACAAAGUAUACAAUGAUAAAUCAGUUUCUAGUCAUUUCGACAUUCGCGCAUGGUGCACGGUCGACCAAGAAUAUGACGAGAAGAAGUUGUUAGAGGAACUUUUUAAUCAAGUUACUGGCUCGGAUGAGAUUUCUGAUGUUGCUGAUAAGCUUCGGAAACAUUUGUUUGGAAAGAGGUACCUUAUAGUCUUAGAUGACUUGUGGGAUACUACAGCAUGGGAUGCAUUAACAAGACCUUUUCCUGAUGUUAAAAAAGGAAGCAGAAUUAUUUUGACGACUCGAGAAAAGGAAGUGGCCUUGCAUGGAAAGCAUAACAGUGAACCUCUUAACCUUCGAUUGCUAAGACUAGAAGAAAGCUGGGAGUUAUUGGAGAAAAGGGUAUUUGGAAAAGAGAGUUGCCCUGAUGAACUAUUGGACGUUGGAAAAAAAAUAGCCCAAGAUUGUAAAGGGCUUCCUUUGGUGGUGGAUCUGAUUGCGGGAGUCAUAGAAAGGAAGGAAAAGAAAAAAGUUGUGUGGGUUGAAGUUCAAAAUAAUUUGAAUUCCCUUAUUUUCAACAAUGAAGCGGAAGUGAACAAGGUUAUAGAAUUAAGUUAUAACCAUUUAGCAGAUCCUCUUAAGUCGUGCUUGCUUUACCUUGCAAGUUGGCGGAAGGACAGAAAACAUCGUGUGUUUGGGUUGAAAGCUUUAUGGCGUGCCGAAGGAUUUGUGGAACAGACAGAGAUGAAGAGUGUGGAAGAAGUGAUAGAGGUUUAUUUGAAUAAUUUAAUUUCCAGUAGCUUGGUAAUUUUUUUCAAUGAGGUAGGUGCUUUCCCGACUUUCCAACUUCAUGAUCUUGUGCAUGACUUUUGUUUGAUAAAAGCAAAAGAGGAAAAGAUUUUUGACCGGAUAAGUUCAAGCGCUCCAUCUUCUUCUUCAGAUUUGAUGCCACGUCAAUUGACCAUUGAUUAUGAUAAGGAGCUUUUUGGGCUUAACAAUUUUGUCCUGUUCAGUUCAAAAAAGAAAAGUCAUUCUGGUAAACACCUCUAUUCUUUGCAGAUAACUGGAAACAAGUUGGACGACAGUCUUUCUGAUGUAUGUCACCUAAGACACUUGAGGCUUCUCAGAGUGUUGAACCUGGAUUGCUCUUUUAUAAAGGUGAAUGAUUCUUUGCUGAAUGAAAUAUGCAUGUUGAAUCAUUUGAGGUACUUAAGAAUUCAGACAGAAGUUAAAUCUCUGCCUGUAUCUUUUUCAAACCUCUAUAAUCUGGAAACUCUGUUUGUGGAAAAUGAAGGACCACCCUUGGUACUACUACCAACAAUUUGGAAUCUUGUAAAGUUGCGAGUGUUGAGCAUAGGAGAUAGUUCAUUCUUUGAUUUGGAUACAGAUGAACCAAUACUGAUAGCAGAUGAAUCAAAGUUAGAGAACUUGAGAUUAUUACAGAAACUCAAGCUUUCUUAUUCAAAAGAAACAGAGGAUAUUUUCAAAAGGUUUCCCAAUCUUCCACAACUACAUUUUGAUCUCAAGGAAUCAUGGGAUUGUUCAACAGAGAGAUAUUGGUUCCCAAAAUUGGAUUUCCUAACUGAACUGAAACGCCUCUGGGUAAUAUUUGAAAGUUCAAACACAAAUGACCGUGGGCCCUCUGUAGCAACAAAUGGGCCGUGGGAUUUUCACUUCCCUUCGAAUUUGAAAUUAUUGGGGUUGAAAGGGUUUCCUUUGACAUCUGAUUCACUAUCAACAAUAGCAAAACUGCCCAACCUUGAAGAGUUGUACCUUAUGAACACAAUCUUCCAGGGGGGAGAAUGGAACAUGGGGGAGGAAGACAUCUUUGAGAAACUCAACUAUUUGUGUUUGGAUAGAGUGACUCUUGCUAAGUGGGAGUUUGGAGAGGAAUCCUUUCCUGUGCUUGAGAAAUUAAAACUGUGGAACUGUGAUAAGAUUGAGGAGAUUCCGUCUAGUUUUGGGGAUGUUUAUUCAUUGAAAAUUAUCAAACUUGUAAACAGCCCUCAACUUGAAGAGUCCGCUCUGGAGAUUAAGCAAUAUGCUGAAGAUAUGACGGGAGAAGACAAGCUUAAGAUCCUUGACCGGAAUAAUAUCCCGUUAUUUAAAUAAAUUUUAAACAUAGCGCAUGCAAUGAACAAGUACAGGACAGUAGCAGCUUUAGAGGCUAAAGAUAAGUACAGGACUUUUGUUCAAUUUCUGUCCUUUUUCUUCAUUUUGUGUGUGUAGUUAAAAACAAGUACUCAUAUGUUAUGUAACAGACAAAUUGAGCAGAUACAUUGAUUGAUGCUAUUGCUUUUCUUA